CUGGUUGUCGCUGCAAUAGUACCGCAGUUAAGGGGGAUUCUCACAUUUUCAGACAGCGUAAGUCAGCCCUAGGAGGGCGUCCUCAUGCCUCCAUCAAUCAUACAGGCACAGCGUCUCGGUAGAAACCAAUGUGCUGGCCAAACACCCGCCCCACAGCAAGGUGGAAGUCAAUGACGUGGCAGAAAUUUUGGGGUGGCUUCUGGGGUGGCCAGUCAGAUUGUAGAGGUGGAAAUGGACACCCCAGCCACCCAUUUAAAAGCACACAUGGUUGGGAGAUGAUCAAUGCCAUCCUUUCUCAUCCUUUAUCAUAUAUUAUGUGGCUUUAUGUGAGGAGGUGUUCCUCCGGCUUCUGGGCUGAAGAUUUGAAUAAAUAUUUGCAAAACGGAGUCAAACACGCGCAGACACACAGUUGUCUCGGUCUCUCUCCAUUCCGUAUUUCCAUUUCAUUUCCGCUUGCAGCAACGAUGACACAAGCUGCAGUCAUAACAAUCUUUUUUGUUUUGGGAGUCUUUCCAAAAGGUCUAACAGCUGUGAUACAAACACAGCAGACUGUGAUGGCAGCAGUAGGAGAAGAUGUCCAUCUCAGCUGUCAGCUCAUGCAGUCUAGAGAUGUUCUUCAGGUCACAUGGCAGAAACUUUCACCUGAGGGGGAGAACGAGAAUCUUGGCAGCUGCGACAAAAACUUUGGAGAAACAGUGAAUGCUGGUUUUCAGGAGAAAGUGGAGUUUAAAGAUGCUGGACUGCAGAAGUGCUCCAUAGUUAUCAGGAAGGUGAUGGAUCAGGAUGAAGGCUGCUAUCUCUGUUUGUUUAACACGUUUCCUGAUGGUUCUCUGACAGGCAGAACCUGCCUCCAACUCUAUGGUCUAACAGCUGUGAUACAAACACAGCAGACUGUGAUGGCAGCAGUAGGAGAAGAUGUCCAUCUCAGCUGUCAGCUCAUGCAGUCUAGAGAUGUUCUUCAGGUCACAUGGAUGAAACUUUCACCUGAGGGGAAGAAGAAGAAUCUUGCAGGCUACAACAAACAGUCUGGGCAAGGAGUGAGUGCUGAUUUUAAGGGGAAAGUGGAGUUUAAAGAUGCUGGACUGCAGAACUGCUCCAUAGUUAUCAGGAAGGUGAUGGAGCAGGAUGAAGGCUGCUAUCUCUGUUUGUUUAUCACGUUUACUGAUAGUUCUCUGACAGGCAGAACCUGCCUCCAACUCUAUGAGCUGCAUGAACCCAUUCUACAAAUCAGAGAAUCAAACUCUACUGAAGAGACAGUUGUGUCCUGCUCGGCCACAGGUCGUCCUGCUCCCACAGUAACUCUGAAUGUCCCACAACAAGACCUCUACUUCUCUCACAACAGCACAGUCAGUGUCACCAACACCAAUGGUACAGUCACCGUCACCACUACAGCUGAGCUGUCUGGUCUCCAUGGAAACAGUGCACUAGUUGGAUGUGCAGCACGACUGCUCACAGUCCCUGAAAUUCAGGUGUUUAAGAUGAUUCCUGCUGAUGAGACGCUGAAAGAGAUCAGGAGAUCCUAUGAGUAA